AUGCCGUCGCUCGACACGUCCAUGGCCUGCAUCGACGAUGGCGACGGACACAGCUGGAACAACCACCCUGACCUCACAUAUAAUACAGAGAGUGAUAACAGGACCCAAGAGGGCCCAGGGACCAACCCAACACUUUCUCGGGAGGAAGGCAAAGAGAACCUGACAGGGCAGCUGAUGAAACUGAGCAACCGGGCCCUGGCAGCCAUACAAGAGCUUGAAUGCGCAGUCAUUACUACCUCCUUAACAGUAAACCCCCCUGCAGUGAAUGAAGUGUUUGAGGCUGUGAAUGCUUUAGUGCGCAUCAUCAACAGCAUCCCUCUGGCGGACAGCACAUAUGGCUCCUCACGGCCUUUGUCCCGGGGUGAGAACGAGCGACCGCUGCCUACCGAAUACAACCCAUUUUUCUGGCUCUCGCCUCUUACCAGCACGUUCUCGCUCUCUUCCACGCAGUUUGUGACUUUAUUAAGAGGUCCUUGGGGUCCGUAG